AUGAUGCUCGCCUACCUCGCCUGCGUCCCGGCCUUCACCCUGCCGGACGGCCGGGUCGGCCACGUCCUCCGCAGCGAGAGCGCCGUCUCCGACCUGAUCCGCGACCGCGUCGCCGAGGUUGCACGCGUUGCCAUCGCCGAAAAGGGCUGCUUCUCCCUCUCCAUUGGCUCCGGCACCACCGUCGAGCCGCUCGCGAGCCUAGCGGGCGCGCUCGACUGGUCGUGCGUCCACCUCUUCUUUGGGAACGAGAGGACAGAGGGCGAGGCUGCGGGCAAGUGCUGGGCCGGCGCCGAGGAGCUGAUUGCGACGUGCGGCGUGGGCCACGUCCACAGGGUGCCGGCCGGACCGGCGGCCGACGCGGCGGAGGCGUACAGCCGAACGCUGCUCGAUUCGCCUGCUGUCGGCACCUGCGAGGGCACGGGGCUGCCAUCGCUGGACUGCGUGCUGCUCGGGAGCGGCGCGGACGGCCACUGCGCCUCGCUCUACCCCGGCUCGGCGCAGGUUGUCGUCUCGCCCGGGUGCGAUCGCGCCUGCCUCGAGGCGGAGGGCAAGGGCGGCGUGACCCUGAGCAUCGACGCCAUCAGCUCCGCCCGCACCGUGCUUCUCUCGGCAGCCAAGCCGGAGCAGGCGGCAAUGGUACGCAAAUGCUUGGGCUGGUCCAACGCGGAGCGGAACACGGGCAUGCCCGCUGGGAUGGUCACCUGCGCAUACGGCGCGCAGGUCGAGUGGCUACUGACUGAUGCGAGCGCGGUCGAGCUACCUGCCCUGUGA